AUGGAGUAUGCUAUGGGUGAAAAAAUAUGUGAUGCACCAUCCUCAAUAAUCAAUGAUACCUCUAUGCUUUCAAAUGCCAACUGCGCUGUAUUGGAGCAACAAUCCAAUCUGGAUGGCGCUGCUUCGGGAGGGAAAACCGGCGACGACGGCGGAGGGGGCGGCACGCCGCUGCUCUGGGAGGGCGGGACGUCGCUGACCGCGAAAGGGGAUGGCGCUGCUUCGAGAGGGGGAGGCGGUGCUGAGAUUUGGAGGCAGCACACUGAUUCUAGUAGAAGUGGUUACAUCAGCGGUUCUGCAAUGCCAGGAGGCAGCAGUGGUGGUUCUGGCAAAGCUGGCAGCAAUGGUAGUUUUGGCAGAGGCGAAGAGAAGAGUUCUGCAAUUUUGGAAAAGGCGGCGGUGGCGGAUCUUGAAAAGGCACGACAGUGA